CUCCAUUAGUCCGCCUUGUUGCCUCCAUCUCUCUCUCUGGCUGAUCUGUCAGUGCUCGGUCGUUUGCGUUAAGGUGCGGAUCCAAGUCCCGCUCUUUGGGGGAGGAAAAGACAGACGAAAUACCCGUCUUUCAAAAGGACAGACAGUAUAGGAUAAUUUAAGACAUUUUUACAGUUGAAACUACAGUAAAAACAUGGAUCCAAUCACUCAGUCAGACAAGAUCUCGUCGUCUCAAGGACUCGCAGAUGGACAAAAUUCUGCAGUCAAAGAAUCAAAGCUAUCCGAUUCCUUUCUUUCCUCUUCGCCUGUAUCUCUCAUUCAGUCUCCUCAAGACAAAAGAGUGGUCCUUGGCUCCGACAAGCCCUGCGAAGGUGUUGCGACAUCCCUUCGUUUUCCUUCUCAACCUGGCUCAUUCACGCCUAGUAAUUACGGGAGUGAAGCGGGGCCGCCAGAUGGACAACCGGAUUCACCGAUAAAGACGUCUCCUGUUUCAGAGCGAAUAAAGGCACUGGAAGCUCUUGCUGCCAAAAAGAAGGAACCUGAUUUUAGAAGCGAUGCAGGUUUCUCCCACUUCAGGGACCGCCACCAUGAAAAAUCUCCCACCGAGACCACCAAAUCUCCCACUGAAACUGCCAAAUCCCCAUCUGAGACCCCCAAAUCCCCCACUGAGACACCUAAAUCUCCCACUGAGAAAAUUACGCCAACUGUCCAGAAAAGAGGCGGUUCCGCUGAUCAAGAGUCACCGGAAUCCCCCUUUGAAGUACUUGGAGAUUUAAGACAAGUGAAUGAAUUUGAAGAAACAGAAGAGUGGAUGAAGGCUCAUUUACCUCCUAUGCCAGACUUUGAUGCUGUAGAUUUAAUUAAAGGCACCGUGUCUUCAGACAAUGUUGCAUCAAAGAAGGAGAAGGAGACUGACAUAGUUGUAUCUGAUGCUCCUGCUGCCUUUGCUGGUGUCCCCGAUGCUUUCAUGGAUUUUCCUGCUGAAGCUCCAAAACUCAAGGAUGAGUUCAGUGAUGAUCAGAAGCAGCAGCCAAGUGUUGAGGAGGAGUCCGAGUUUGACCUUAGCUUUUUGCCAACAGCCUACAUGUGGGAUCAGCAGGACAAAUCAGGUGCCCAGGCUACAUCAAAACUUGAUUCAGUGCUUCCAGCUUCACCUGCACCUCCUGCAGGCUUUGACUCCCCAUCUCCUCCCGUCUCUCCACCAGUUUGCACGGAUGCUAAGCAGAAUGUUUCAGAUGACAAGAAGACCAUAUGGACCAGAGAUCUGGAGCCCCCAGAGGCAAGCGAAGCUGACAGCUCAGGAGAGUCAGACGACACGGUUAUUGAAGAUGGUGUCACCAUUCCUGCAUCUGUUCCCGCUGCAUCUUCUGAUCCAGCAGUUUCAAAUGAACCUAUCCCUGAUUCCGCAGCUCCCAAUCUUCCCACUGAGGAAAAGGAGACUCCUCCACCGAAGUCUGAAAGAAAGCUAAUGCAGGUCCCAACGAUAAACGUUAUUGAGACCGACGAGCCAAAUUACAGUGACGAGGAGAUGGAAAUGGAGCUUGAAGCAGAGGAAGAUGAAGAUUAUGAGGCUGUAAAAGACCUAGCUAGAGAGGCUCCAAAAACACCAGAGCCAAAGGACAGUAAAAAUGAACCACCCAAGUCGCGACCCUUAGAAACUGAAUUCAUGGAAGGCUACUCUCCUCCAUCCUCUCCUGUGGACUCUGAUGCCGAAUACUCUCCUAAACAUAAUGUACUCAAAUCUCUUCCUGAAACUGCACCAGAAGCUGUGGCCCUACCCAAUCAAGCACAAUCUGAAAAAUCGCAGACCACUUCCAAUAAAUUAAAUGAUGAACCCUCCCCUUUCAAAGCCACAAAUGAAGAAGUGGACUUCCCAGACAAUGAUGACGAGUGGUCAGAUGAAGCACAAGAGAUACUGGUCAAACCUUGCAAGACUGAUCUUUCGUUCGUGGAAACAACUCCUUGCACCCAAUCCAAGGUGGAUGAAAAGACCAACACAGCUGCAAAAGAAGCUUAUAUGGAGACGGCUUCCCUUUCUAAAACCGGCUUCAUGCAAGAUGAUAUAUAUGACAGACAAUCAUUUGAUUAUGAUUACGAUGCAUCCUCUACCUUGGAUGAUAUUGAUGACAAAGGGUUGAACAAUGCUAAGGAGCGGUUUCUUUCUGAUCCAUCUCAAAUCCACGUUGAACCACUGAAUGCAAGCAGUCAAAAUCUGGAUGAUUUCACUUCAGUGAAGGAUGAUGACGAAGCCUUCCCCAAGCCAGUUGGUCAGCCAUCUCUAACAGAAUAUCCCCAAGACCCAUAUUCCUCUUUCCAAAGCGAGACACUAAGCAGCAUUAAUGAGCAAGAUUUCAAUAAGAAAAUGACCACUGGCAUUGUUACAGAUAACAUGGCAAAUGGUAACUCCCUCCCAGCAAAGGAAAUCGGCUCAAAGAUCCAACAGGACACUAAAGCAGGUCACCAUGCACCAGACACAACAAGCAACCCAGAAAGCAUUGACCCUGACAGCUCAGUUUCUGAGCCUACAGAUAGCUUUGUGGAGUUCAUGCGAGAGUGCCUGAAAUCAAGGCAGGACGAAGAACCUGACGACGUGCACCAAGCUGCUCCUUCCAUGAACACGUUCGGCAAAAAUGCUUUGCCCUCUUCCCAGUCUCCUCCAACCAUGGUGAUGGAUCUUGAACAAGAACAGCUUACUAUCACUGCUCUCAAAGAGCUGGGCAGCAGUCAAGAGGAGGAGGAGGAGGAGGAGAUGGUGUCUCGCCAGUCGAAGGUUCCUGACCAGAGCAAAGCUAACCCCAAUGCUACAUCUAUACAGCAGUCUUCCUUUACCUCAGUUCCUAACCCUCCAUGUUCCCAAAGCAACCGUGUGUUUGACAGCACGUAUUCCAAAGAGGUAGAAGCUAUCGACGAAUGGGUGGCUGAAGCCUAUCAUCUUGCUGAGCAUGUCUUGACAGCAAUACUAACCCACUUAUCAGUUAAGGACCUGAUCCACUGGCGAGACCCCAAGAAGUCGGGCGUGGUGUUCGGGCUGUCCAUGCUGCUGCUGCUGUCGCUGGCAGCCUUCAGCGUCAUCAGCGUGGCCUCCUACCUGCUGCUGGCCCUGCUCUGCGUCACCAUCACCUUCCGCAUCUACAAGUCCGUCGUCCAGGCCGUGCAGAAGUCCAGCGAUGGACACCCCUUCAAAACCCUGAUAGAUAAGGAUGUCAGCAUCCCCCCGGAGACCUUCCGCAAGCACGUGGACGCCAGUCUGACCCACAUCAACCGAGGCCUGAAGCAGAUGAGCCGCCUCUUCCUGGUCGAGGACCUCGUGGACUCCCUAAAGCUGGCUGUGGUCAUGUGGCUGUUCACCUACGUAGGAGCCGUCUUCAACGGAAUCACCAUCCUCAUCCUGGCUAACAUCCUCCUCUUCGCCGUGCCUCCCGUCUACGAGAAGAACAAGACCCAGAUUGACCAGUACAUCGACCUGAUACGCACUCAGGUCAACACCACGAUGGCCAAGUUGCAAGAGAAACUUCCCGGAGCUGUGAAGCGCAGCAAAACUGAAUGAUCACCCCCUUCAAUUAGAAACCUCCAUGUCACCAUCAUCCUCAUCUCCAUCACCAUCUUAGAGCCCCUUACCUCCUCCUACCCCUCCUCCAGAUAACCCCCCCCCCCAGUCUAACUCCUCCUCCCUACUCCAUCAACCAUCACCACCCUACUACACUGAACCUUGCUAGGUAGAAAAAUCUCUGAGCUACUCGAUAUUCAAUGUAAAACUACUGCGCAGCUUAACUUGCAAAAAGCAUUAAAAAGAACUGUGCCUGUGCAGACAGGAGAAGCGUGUCGCUAGCGAGGAAGUGAUGUAGCGCCGCGGCGGAUCCCGACAGUCUGUGGGCGUGCCACAGGGGGAAUGGAGGCAGGGUCGAGUGAACUAGACUGAAUCUAUGACCUGGUUUCGUCGUGUACAGCGAGCAGGGAGGGGUGGAUGAUGGCUGAUGGCUGUCUUAUGUCACACAACAAAAAAAAAGCAAAUGUCUGUACUUUAAAACCACACAUUUCCCUGAAGGUAAAUGGAUCAUUUGAGAUGGAAAAAUUAAGAAAAUGUAUUUAAAAAAAACGGAAAAAGGAAUAAAAACCAACCUUUUGGGUGUAAUUGUGGCUAGUCUUACCCUGCUCUCUUGCUCUGCAGCUGUUCUGUGGAUAGAUAUGAGUUCAUUUUAGAGGCUGGUAAUGGGUUUGCUGUUACUGAUCGGCCUGUUAUUGAGUUAGUUUCCAUUCACCUUACAGGCACUUCUGUAUGUAAGUUUCUGCAAUGCACUGAACUUUUAUUUUUUAAACCCAUGAGCAGGUUGAAAUAAAAGGAUUGGAACACUGAGCCAGCUGUGAUAAUUUGGUCUAGUUCACCCUGUUGAUCAGAUGCAUUUUUGAACAGUUUUCUGUAUGUAUAUAUAUAUAAGUAUAUAUAUAUAUAUAUACAUACACCUGAAGACAGGCUCUCUCUGCUGUAUGGAAACACGUUAGCCUCGCUUUUUAUAUCAAAGGAAAAGUUCCCUCACUGACAGCAGUCCUAACUCCGUUUUGUCGCACCUGUUCACAGUGUUGAGGUCUCACAUUCACUUGUACAUUUUUAUUAUUCUUAUCACUGCUUAUUAUUACUAUUAUUGAUAUUAAUUAUAGGAUGGCUGCUGCUUUUGACUCCCUAGUAGCUUGACAGCGGCAUUGUAAGAGUUAUGUUAAGUGUCAUUGAGCUUCAUCGUUUAUAAACUGGAGGUCUUUUCAGAGGCCUCCUGACAAAUAAUUCCUGAUUGUUCGCGAUAAGUUAGGAGAUUCUCUCUUCUGAUGUGUUUGUCACACCCUUAAAUCACAAAAAUGGCUCCCCAGCUCAGUGUCGGUGUUUUAAAAAAAAAAAUCUACUGCUGAACUGUGUUGAGUUCCCAAAUGUAUGGAGUAUAAAGUGUGUCACCAGAAUAAAUAUUGACAUUUAGCUAGUUUUCUCUGGAGCUUUGACGACUGAGGCUACACGUAUACAGAUAUUUUUAAAAACGGAUAUUUUCCCUUCCGUUUAAAAAAAGAAAAUCGAUCCACACGACCUUCGUUUUACAAAAUAUCUCUGUCCACACUCUAACGCAAAAACGACUCCAUCAAACGCUUCGCUCGCCAUAAUAUUUACAUGUCACCACAAGUGCAAAAUGUUUAAAAAAUAUCCGCUUUUGUGACCCAAAACUCUGUUUGCGUGUGGACAAGAGGCCAAAACGUAGAGGGAAAUAUUGUUUUGUUUUUUAAAAUAUCUGUAUACGUAUACGACAGGGCCCGAGAGAUACAGUUGUCAGGUCUGGGGGAAAAAGCUUGUAAAUUAAAUAAAGCUCAAAUGUGACUUUAUUUUUUUUAUUUUAUUUUUUUGGAGAGGUGAAGAAUAAACUUUCACUCCCAAUUAAAUUAAAAAUCAAUUGAACUAAUUGACACUAAAGUCAAAUUUAAAUAAUUUUUUUUAACUUUGUGAUUCCAAUUUGAAGUAUGACAAAAUUGAAAAUUAAAUUUAAUAAAUAUUUGUAAUUCAAAACAAAACACAACAAAAAAAAAAAAAAAAUCUAAAACUAUUCUCUUGGCACAUUUUAGACUCCGUACAAAAAACCUCAACGGUGACCUGAGAGGACGUUAAACCAGAUUAGGGGUUUGUGUAACAUAAUUAGGGGGUGCGAUGUUGAAUAAAGAGUGUAACUGGGGAUAUGGAAGCGGUUUCGGUUUGGAGUGGUUAUUAUUAUAGAGCUCUGUUUGUCACUUUGUUCCUUUUUCUUUGACUGCCAUGAAGCGCAUGUCAUAGUGUAAGCUGGAAACAGAUUCUCACCCUUUAUAUAGGCUGUAUCAUAUUCUUGACCCUGACUUUUUGUUUAAUAUGAUUAUUACUUGUGACUGUCGAUGGUGUUUUUGAACUCAGUAAAAACCAUAGUCAUAUGUUAGUUACUGCUACGUCUCCAUAUUGUUUUUAAGGGAUGAAUAAUAUAGAAGGAAAUGUUCGUAUUGCUGUCCAUUUCAUUGAGCUCCAAAUUAAGUUUUGCACGGAGUAAAUGUCCCCUGAAUACUGAAUAGCCAACAGCCUCUCAAUGCAGUAACUACUACUACUACUAUUACUACUACUACGUCUGCCUGUGUACUGAAUGUGUUCUCUGGUGGAACAUUUCCUCCCCCAUGCAUGCCCUCCACUGUGUGUCGUCUCACUGAUCACCUCAGACGUCUUGGUUGACCCCUCGUGCAUGCUGUCUCAUUCAGACUCUGGGUGUUAAAGCCAAAAUAUGCAACGUUUCUGUUGGAGAUGCUAGCUGUUAAACCCCCCCACCACCAUCCCCUUAGUUGGGCAGGUUACGGCCCCGGUGCUUAGUGCCUGAGGCCGAGGUAAGCAGCAUCUGUAAAGGUGCUAAAGAAGAGACGUUGAGUGUGAGGUGAGGGGGGGACCAGGCCCGAAUACUGAGACUGUUUUUUAUGCAUCCUGUUUAUUUAUUUGAAUGUGGAAAAGUUGCAUAUUGUAGCUUUAAGUUGUCAUCUACUAACUUCACGCAAGCUACUGCAGCAAAUAUGUAUUAAUGUUUGGUUUACAUGCAUUCAGUUUAUUUAAAGGGACAGUUCAAUUUGCCUUUUUUUUUUUUAUUUCUACCUCCAACCCAAUACCAUGGAGAUGAAUGAAGUGACAAAUGUGGUGUUCACAGCAUUGAAUUAUGAGUCAGCACUCUUUUUAGGGACUAUUUCUUCUGCAGAAUGUAGUUCCCUAGGAAGACUGUUCACAGUGAGCAGCACAAACUAAAUUCCAGCACCCGAUUCGACUGUUAUCGGGCCAUUAAAUAGGCGUUAUCAGUCGCGUUAAGCACCAUAGAUGUGGGUCAGUAGGGGCCUACUACGCCUACUACGUUGUGAAAGUGAAACUUGAUGUGAAACUGAAUGAAACGUCACGUUUUGAACACAAACAAAAAGGUUUAUUUCGGUUUAAGUAAUAAAACUACAACUUCUUUAGGUUUAAGUUAAUGGAAAAACAUAGUGUUUGGGGUUUAAAAUAAGUACGAACUACACAUUGUGACUUCCGCUUCUACUUCUACUUUCGGUGAUCUACCAUGUGAAUAGAUGAUAAAACCAACUAGUGGGUGUAGUAAGCCCCCUACUGACCCACAUCUAUGGGGCUUAUAGCGACUAAUAACGCCUAUUUAAUAGCCUGAAAACACUCUAAUUGGCUGAUUCCAUUAGCAUCCAUUGUAUUGUGGUGGAGGUGGAAAUCUCAGAGACACUGAAUUAAAUUUGAAAAUAUUUUGGUUGAACUGACCCUUUAAUGUUCAACCAGCUGACCCCAGAAGCGUGGCGCUAUGAAAGCUAGCUUAGCUUCAUACACACGGCACCUUUAAACUAGUUCAGGAGAGGCCAUGUUACCUGUUAGCGUGCUACAGUACCAAGGCUAAACAGACCUUUCAGACUCCUAGUUGGCUUAUUUCUUUAGAGUGUAAUAUAUAUAACAUGAAUAAAAACCAGUUCCCUGGCAGCAUGUUGCUUUUUCUCCUUUCCCCCCGUUCGUCCCCGUGUUUUCAUCAGGUAUGGGUGUGUGUGUGGCAGGAGUGUGUUUGACUUUCUUUUUUUUUUUUUUUUUGUCUCUGGAGAGUCUUGUUUUGCUUCUGACUCUUCACUGGUUUCUAGACGUUGUUCACUAACAUCAGCUCUGUUUUGUAUUAGCUAUGACUUUGGUUCCGAUUUUUUGAAGCUUUGGGAAAGAUGUUGCAGGAAAAAAAGACGAAAACUAAAAAAAAAAAAAAAAAAAAAGUAUGUGGUCUCUGUACUGAUGUCAAAGUGAAAUUAAUAAAAACACGUCAAAGGAC